UAUGAAUCCUUAAAAAGUUUUGACUCCAAUUUACGCCGGCACACAUUUCUUGAAAGAUUAUCUACGUUUCAUACUCCCCUCCAAAAGUAGACAUCAUCUGACCUCCAAUAAUCCAUUCCCAUUUUUAACUUCAUCCAAAUCACCAUUCCCCCAUUCAAAUAUUAUUUAAUUCAAUAUCAACUAUUCAGUUUCAAUCUGCAACAACACUUCAAUGGAGUCUAAAGCCACUCGCCGUCUUCAAACAAUUCACAACCACAUUACCUCCGCCGCCGCCGCCGCCGGUCCACCGCCGUUGGUGCAACCCAACCACACUGCCGGAGAGUUCUUCAAUGAGCAAGGGUACAGUGUUGUUCUUCCAGAAAAAUUGAAUACAGGAAAGUGGAAUGUUUACAGAUCUAUAGCUUCUCCUUUGAAGUUGAUCACUACAUUUCCUGAUCACCCCGAAAUUCGUACCUUGCAUGAUAAUUUUGUGUAUGCAUCAGAAGCCUUUAGUGAUUACAAUUAUUUGGGUACACGGGUUCGUCCGGAUGGAACUGUUGGCGACUACAAGUGGACAACUUACGGGGAAGCAGCCACAGCUCGGGCGGCUAUCGGCUCUGGAUUAGUGGCCCAUGGAAUACCAAAGGGAUCAUGUAUUGGAAUAUAUUUUAUCAACAGACCAGAGUGGAUAAUUGUUGACCAUGCUUGCUCUGCAUAUUCUUACGUAUCUGUGCCCUUAUACGAUACCCUUGGCCCGGAUGCUGUUAAGUUUAUUGUGAACCAUUCUUCUGCACAAGCCAUAUUUUGUGUGCCACAAACAUUGCAUAGUUUGUUGAGCUUUUUGUCCGAGAUUCCUUCUGUCCGUUUGAUAGUGGUGGUUGGAGGUGUUGAUGAGCUGAUGCCAUCGCUUCCAUCAGCAACAGGCGUUAAGGUGGUAUCAUUUUCACAACUAAUUACUCAGGGUACUAGCAACCAUUACCCCUUUUGUCCACCAAAACCGGAGGAUGUUGCUACAAUAUGCUAUACAAGUGGUACAACUGGGACACCAAAGGGGGCUGUACUUUCCCAUGGAAACUUAAUUGCAAAUGUUGCUGGUGGAAGUCUUGGAAUUAGAUUCUAUCCGUCGGAUGUUUAUAUAUCUUAUCUUCCCUUGGCACACAUUUAUGAAAGAACGAACCAGAUUAUAUUGGCGUACUAUGGUGGCUCUGCUGGAUUUUAUCAAGGAGACAACUUGAAGUUAUUGGAUGACAUGGCUUUAUUAAAACCGACGAUUUUCUGCAGCGUUCCUCGGUUAUAUAACAGAGUAUAUGAUGGCAUUAUGAAUGCAGUGAAAUCAUCUGGUGGUUUGAGGGAAAAGUUGUUUAAUGCUGCAUAUAAUGCAAAGAGGCAAGCAUUAAUUAAAGGCAAGAACGCAUCUCCAAUGUGGGACCGAUUAGUGUUUGACAAAAUAAAAGCGAAACUUGGCGGACGGGUUCGUUUUAUGGUUUCAGGGGCGUCUCCGUUGUCUGCUGAUGUCAUGGAUUUUCUUAAAGUGUGCUUUGGUUGUCCUGUAUCUGAGGGGUAUGGAAUGACCGAGAGUUCUUGUGUUAUAACGUUUAUGAAUGUCAACGAUGUCACCUCAGGUCACGUGGGCGCUCCUAAUGCUGCUUGUGAAGUAAAGCUUGUAGAUGUUCCGGAAAUGAACUAUACAUCCUAUGAUCAACCAUAUCCUCGUGGAGAGAUCUGCGUGAGAGGACCGAUUGUCUUUCAAGGCUACUACAAAGAUGAAGUGCAAACGAGAGAAGUAAUCGAUGAAGAAGGAUGGCUUCAUACCGGAGACAUAGGAUUAUGGUCACCUGGAGGCCGCUUAAAGAUCAUUGACCGGAAAAAGAACAUUUUCAAAUUGGCACAAGGAGAGUACAUAGCUCCCGAGAAAAUCGAGAACGUAUAUGCGAAGUGCAAAUUUGUGGCACAAUGCUUUGUUUAUGGCGACAGCUUCAACUCUUUUUUAGUUGCUAUUGUCUGUGUGGACCCUGAUAUGCUCAAAGCAUGGGCUGCUAAGGAAGGAAUAAAGUUUGAAAGUUUGGAACAACUGUGCAAUGACCCGCGGGCAAGAAAAGCUGUCCUUGCCGACAUGGAUGCAGUUGGAAAGGAAGCUCAGCUGAGAGGUUUCGAGUUUGCAAGAUCCGUCACUUUGGUAGCCGAACCAUUCACCAUGGAAAAUGGUCUGCUUACUCCAACAUUUAAGGUUAAGAGGCCACAAGCAAAGGCACACUUUGCGAAAGCUAUAGCUGAUAUGUAUGAAGAGGUUGCGGCAUCCGAAUCCUCAGGCAAAAGAGUUCUUUGAAACCAACAUGAUUCUAUACAAAAGCCAUAUUCAUCUUAUAUUGGAAUUUGUAGUAUAUUCUGAAUUUCUGAUCAUAUUGUGAUGUUUAAAAACGUUUUUUAAACAUAUUUUCUCUAAAGACAUCAUUUUAUAAAUCUCUUUUCCUAAUUAA